AUGGCUGCCACCACUUCGUCAAACACAGCAUUCUCCGACUGGCUGGAAAAAUAUCUAACCCAUCUUAGCAACGAUAUCGAUAUUGAAGUAUAUGGUGAUUACAUUGAAGGUCUUUUAAAGGACGAAACAUUGGAUAAACAGGAGAUCAUUGACAGUAUUCGAAGUUUUCUCGAGUCCGUGCUGCCUUCAAAGUCAGCCAUUGAAGGCAGUGAAAUGAUAUUUUCGCGUUUUCACGAUUCCAAAGCCACCGCGUCCGCUCACUCAUCCUCUUCCAACGCUGCCACCAACACCACCGUCUCAGAACAUUUCGACCAUUUGGAGGAACAGAUGCGCUCCAUCCUCAUCUCCACUGUUGUUGCCAAUACCACCACUCUGGCAUCCUCCUACGCCAAUCCUUUCUCUCCCACAAAUUCCUCCACGCAAUCUACGGCUCUAAAGACUCAAGGAGGGAAAAAACAGUCCCAUCAGAAACAGGAGCAUCAGCGACAUAAACAACGGGAUGCUUGUACAGCGGCGGUGCUUCGUGCAGCAGGCGUGAGUGGUUACCAGGGCGAUGAGGAGGCUGAGGCGGCACUGACGGUGGCGUUGGCGGACGCAGAGUACUUCGCUAAACAGGCGACGACCGGCAUCAACGGUGGAGUCUCGCCUUCCGCGACGACUGUAAACACAGUGUCAAAAGGCGGAAAGUCGGGCUCGGGAGCCGACGUAGUGGCGGCGAUGAUAGCGGAGAGGGAAGAGGAGAUCGAUUUGGAGGAGAUUGAGGAGACUCAGGGAUACGCCAAAAAGGAAGGAAUUAAACCAGGCAGUGUAAUGGAUGCCCUCUCCACUCUAAAUCCGGGCAAAUUCAGUUCUUCCAAUACUGCGGUUGCUGCCGCAGAAGAUUUAAAGUCCGCGCGACAUCUUAAACGAAUGCCUACACCGGGUGAUGUUAAUUCCAGUUCCACUCCCGGUUACCUCCUUCUUAAUUCUCGAGCUGCUGGCAGCAUUGGUGCCUCCGCUGCCACACCCACCCCACUGGGUGGCAGCGCAGCCAGCUCCAUGAAGAAGAAGUCAGCCCCACCUUCAAAACACCUCGCGAAUAUUGGUGCGAGGGCCGAGGAGAAGCACCAGCGAAUGAUGGAAAGGCAGCGGGAAAGGUUGGGUGCUGUCGGGCCGAGUGGUAACCGUCUUGACGAUAUGGAUGCAUUCUUCUUCAGUGACGAUGAGGAUGAGGUGGAGACGAAGAUGGGAAAGUCGCGGCAAGGAAAGAAAGACGAUGUGCUACUCUCAAGCGGCGGUAAUAGAGAACGUGCAGCAGAGGCAGAAAAGUUGGCGAGGGUCAUUUCAGCCCGCGAAUACGCGGAAGCGAGGUCGAAGGAGAAGGCGGAACAGUGUGGGUCGCCAUCAUCGGAGCGAGCUAGUAACACACUGCUCUCUUCCCUGGGCCAAAUUUUCAUCACCGAAGCAAUGCCCGGCAAGGUGGUUGAGAUAGUGGCACACAAACGAAUCGGUGGGCCGAGCAUCAUUGAUCUUAUGCAGGCGGCUCUCUAUGACAAGUUCUCCAAACAGGAGCUCCCCAUGGCCUUGGGUGGUGUCUUCUACUUGCAAAAUAGCGGAGCUCAGGCCAGUGUACUGUGCGAGCUGCCACAGGAGCCCUAUCACACCUUCCCGUGCCUAAAGAAAUACCAGACGUCUUUCAACAUUGACGGUCCCAUCAUUGGUGUGGGUACCGUGCUCUCUCAUGAUCCGAAAAAGAUGGGCUUUAGCAUGGCCUCCUUCUAUUGUUGGAAUGCAAGUCGCCUGCUUACAGGUCACUUUGAAAAUGAUAUUUGCCCCGAGAAGGCCACCUACACAGUGUACUUGACACCGGCUAAGAAGCUCUACCGCCAAGACAAACCUGUGCACAACUAG